UCGAACACACAUACGAAGUUCCGGCGCACUCCGGGGAAUUUACACUAGAGCACUAGAUAGAGCUUUCAAAUUUGCGGCCAUGGACGUGUUACUAAAUCUGAGUGUCAGCAGCCUACAGUAUCAACGGAAUGAAUUCGACGAGUGGGAGGGGGAGGAUGAAGACGAUGGCGAUGGCGAGGAUAAUGAGUUGCUCUACUUCUUCACCCGAUUGUACGACCUUCUGAGCGGAAAUAUCUUCUUCACCACCUACGUGGAGCGCGGGCGGAGUGAAUACUUUGCGGGAUUUAGCAACGUACAGCUGCUGGCUCCGUUCCAGGAUGAUCGACGGACGGAGCGGUACCGCUGGAUCCACCUGUCGCUCUUCUUCCGCGCCUUCAGAUCCACGACAUUGUCCUGAGCAAGAUACCUUGGCAGCCAAAUUGGAAUUCCAUUUGGCAUUUGUUCGGAGUUGUUGGCCCAUCUCGUUUCAUUUUGCGCCCUGGCAUUCACUUCUUAACCCCCCAAAGCCCACGUCUCUGCCCUUUUCCGGGGCUCUAUGUGUGUGUGUAUGUGACAUUUUGGCAGCGGUUCAACGGAAAAACGUUUGGCAGCACGGCCAGAAAAUGAUAAGCCUGGGCAGUGGACAAAAAAAAAAGGGGGAAAACAACCAAGGAAACGGUUCACUGAGUUAAAUAAAAAUUGAAAAAAGUGUAAUUGAAAUGCAAUGCCUUGUGGAGGAACGGGGAGGGGGCGAAGGGAAGGUGGUGUGAAUUCAAAGGAAAGAAUGCGGAGGGGACUUUCUUCAAUGCAAGCAAAAGAUAUC